ACUUCCGGAUCCGUUUUUUCCCAGGUGAUAUGCCGGACUGCAACUUGCAACCUUACCCGGAUUUUCCGUUCUACAAGAUCUUUUCAUCUGUCAAUGAACGAAGUUCACAGCAGACCCAGGGAUGGCAGAAGACAGCCAACUUCUCUGUAGGAAGGAUAGAUAUGGAGGGGUUGUUGUUGAAACUACAAAGCAACAAUGCAGCACUGAAGAAUUCAAAAACAAGUUAGAAGCUGACUUGACGAAAUGGCAGGAAAUUGGAGUACGAGGUGUCUGGAUCAAGAUUAGUCUAAAGGAUGCUGACAUAGUCCCUAUUGCUGCUCAGAAGGGGUUUGAGUUCCACCAUGCCCAGAAAGAUUACGUCAUGAUGAUCAAAUGGCUUCCUACAGAUGAACCUAACAUGAUCCCAGGAUAUGCAGCACACUAUGUCGGUGUUGCAGGAUUUGUGGUGAAUGAUCGGAAUGAAGUUCUGGUGAUCCAGGAGAAGUACACCCACUCUGUGAAGGCCCACUGGAAACUGCCAGGUGGCCUCGCUGAACCAGGGGAGGACCUUGCAGACACAGCCAGGAGAGAGGUCCUGGAGGAGACAGGAGUUGACGCCGAGUUUCUUUCUCUUCUCUGUUUCCGACACCAGCACAAUUUCUCCUUCGGCUGCUCUGACAUGUACUUUGUAUGCCAUAUGAAGCCCAAGAAUCUAGACAUCACCGUAGGUGAACAAGAAGUGACAAAAUGUCAGUGGAUGCCAUUUGAGGAAUACUUGAGCCAUCCCUCGUUGACUGAAACUAACCGCUUCAUCGCACAGACAUUCAAGUCUACAGUCCUGCAGGGAUCCUCCAGGAUAGCAACCUCAGGCAUACCUUCAGUCAGAACAGGGAGAAAUCACUUGCUGUAUAGUAUUCAUAAUUGUCCAUAAAAGUCUAUCAAGUAGUACUCCAAUUCUAGGGAAGUGAGUGAAAAGGUCAUAUUGGGAAAAAGUCAUAUAUUUAUCUAUUCUCACUGUGAGAAUAAUAAUUUAGCCGAUGGUCAGCAUUGUUGAGUAGUUUAGCAAUUGUUAAUUUGGAGUACAUUUUAUAAAAUAAGUUAUAUAGUGCCGUAAAGAUUUUAAAAGUUUGUGUAAAAUGUACUCAGGGAGAACAAAUGCCAAACUAUUAAAAAAUGUAAAGUAAUUGAUUAAGACAUUAAUACUAUGCAAUGGUUGAUGGAGAUUGUUAUUUUAUAUUGUCCCAAACAUGCAGGGUUUUUACUUGGUGACUUAUGUAAAAUCUGAAUGUUCGCUGAUUUGAAAACUAUGAAUAUUGUUGAUAAAACAUUGUAAAAUAUGCAUAUAUCUAGCAGAAUAUUCAUUUCUAUUUAUCUAUCAAAUAAACCACAGGACCACAGGAAGAAUAGCCUCUUACGAGGCUAAUUGUGGAUCUGAAAUAAAACUCAAACUCAAACCACCAGAAUGACUUACCCACAAUAGUACACAUUUGCAGUGUCUAAAUCUUAGCAUGUAGACAGAUUCAUGCACUAUCACAUGGCAGAAAAGUGUCUAGAAUUCAAACUGUGUUUUUAUGGAUGAAUUAUGAAUAUUUCCUCUUAGUCUCCUACUACAUUUUUGUACUUGUAACAAAGAAAAAAGUGACAAAUAAAGUUUUGAGGCUAUACAGUGUAACAAUUGUCUUCUACAUGUCCUCUGAAUAGCAAUU